CGUGCAAACUGCAAAUUCACCAGGCCGGUGAGAAGUACCCAUCUUCUUCCUCCCUCGCUUAUUACCAGAGCACGGCCGGUCGGAACGCACAGACGCCGAUGAUGUGGCCUCUGCUCCUACCCCUCCUCGCCGCCGCGGCCAGCGCCAAGAUCACGCCGCCGCCGCCGCCUGCCCCGUCGCCAACGACGCCGUGGCCGGAGCAGUUCCACGCGGUGGUGAUCACCAACCUGACGUCAAAAAGCGGCAGGCUGCAGGUGAUCGACAGCUACUACGACUGGCCGCGGGGGCGCUCCGUGAACGUCAUCCGCGACCAGCUCUCCGCCGCCGGCGAGCCGCCGCUCCGGAACGUCGAGUGGGCCAACGGCACCUCCUUCCUCUUCGACGCCGCGUCCUGCUGGACCUUCCACUUCGCCGUGGGCCUCCUGCCGCCCGACUGGAAGAAGGCCCGCGGCGCCGCCUACCUGGGCCGCGGCCGCCUCGACGGCUUCGACUGCCACGUCUGGUCCAACUUCCUCUUCGCACGCUACUACGAGGACGUCGCCACCGGCCGCCCCGUCGGAUGGAACUUCAACGGGAUGGAGCGGCAUGUGCUGAGCUUUGAGGCAGGGGCAGUGCUGCCGGACUCCGGCAAGUGGCAGGCGCCGGCUUACUGCUUCAAUGGCAGCAACGCCGACGCCCCUGCUCCUUCUCCGGUUGAUCAGCUGAUUCGCCGGGGCUCCAGCUGCAGCUAAAGGUCCUCCACAGUGUGUUGCCAGAGUGAUGCCCAAAGAGAAGAGAAAAGAUUUGGGCAUCACUCCUACCACUGCAGGAGGUGAUGCUAAUUUUCAGUGAUGCUGAGAAAAUUGAGAGCGAGACAUCUAAGUAUAUACAAAAGGACUUAUUUGUCAAAAUAUGAAAGAACCAACCUUUUAAGUAUUAUUUUGGUGAAGCCAAUGUUUCGAUCGAGUGGCAAAUUGUCGAAACUACAUGUAUGGUAAAUAUGUGAUGGCAAUUUAAAUAGCAAACCAUUAGUCUUGAAUCAA